AUGGUUAUAGAUUCCCAUAAUAAUAAUAAUAUAGACAAUAACAAUAGUAAUAAUAAUACAAUAUGUCAAGAUUUAAUAAAUAAUAAUAAUAUAAAUAAUAAUAAUUGUAAUAUAAAAAAUAAAAAUGAUUGUAAACAAUUAAUAAAUAAUAUUAUAAAUAAUUGCUCAAUUCAAAAACUAAUAGUUGGUUUUUGUUGGCGUGAUAAAUAUUCACCAAGAAAAUGGAAGAUAUCAUUGUCGUUAGUAUCAAAGAGAUUUCAUUAUUUUAUUAGCAAUUUUUGUUCAGAGAAUUUAGAUUUAACAAGAUGUGAAGAAACCAUGACACUAGACAAAGAUAUAAAUAUAUUUAGGCAUUUCAAAUCUACACCCUACACCUUAUUUCAAUACCCACCCAAAAGAAUUCAAAUUUCAACCAUUGAUUUCAAAAGAUUAGUGUCACCACUUAUAAAUGAAGAUAGUAAUAUUGCGUAUAGUCAGAAAAUUGUAUUAUUAUUUUCAUUAUUAGAAUCAAUCGAAUUGGAGUAUAAUGGUUAUAGUAUGAGCGAUAGAGAUCUAUCAAUUCUAUUUUCAAGCAUUGAAACUAUCAAAAAGGUUACUGUACAGUUUAAUGGGAAGUGUUGUUUUAACGCUUUGGCAGAGCUAAAUAAGUUUCUAAAGAGGUUAAAAUUAACAUCAUUCUCAUUACUUUUCUUAGAGGAGGAUGGAGGUAGAUCCGAAAAAAUGCAAAUUUGUUUACCAGUUAUAUCAACAACAACUACAUGUUCCACUGCACUAUCAAAUACAAAACAACUGGCAUCAUCAAAGAGUUGUUUCCAAAUAUUUUCAAAUAAACCGGUAGCCACUACUGCCACGCCAAAUAAUGAAAUAUUUUCAACUACAAAUAGUUCAUCACCCUGCAUUAGAUCAUAUUUAUCAUCUGAUAAUGUACAUGAUUUGGAGUCAUUACAUUUGGAAUCAGUUUCAAUUUUUAUGUUUCAAGAAUUAGUAUGUUCAAUGCACCAUCAACGUUUAAAUAAUUUGCGUAGUCUUGCCGUUAUAUUUGAUGACUAUAACUUAUUCAGUAGUAUCAGUUGCGAAGCUUUAUGCACAGGUCUUUUACAAUUAAGAAAUUUAGAAGUCUUGGAUUUAUCUUUAUCAAUAGUGUUCAACAACAUAACGAAUCAGAAGGAGCUAUUUGAUAUCAGUCUAUUUCAAGAGUAUUUAGCAAAUGAAACUACACUUACAAGCCUCUCUUUAGAUUUUAUUUCAGACGAUAUGAGCAGGGUUUACUCUGAAGAGUUUAUAAGGUUUUUAUUCUCAGAAAAGAAAAAUUUAAAGAAAUUACGUAUCAACACCCCACUAUUCAGCAGCAUUGGAGCCAAAAGCAACCUAUCAACAUUGGCAUUGGACUAUCAAGCAAAUUUAAAGUGCUGUCAACUAAACGAAAUCGAUAGAUUCAUUCAAAAUUUGUCAAAUCCAAACUCUCACUUAAAGAAACUCCAAUUACUAAACAGUGAUCCAUUUGUAAAUACAUUUUUAGCCAGAUUCUUAAUUCAUAAUCAUAACGGUUCCAUCGAGAAUUUAAAGGUCACCAUCAAUCGUAAAGAGUUUCAACAUAUAUUAUACGCCUUAUCACUAAAUACAACUUUAAAAACUUUAACUCUUUACACAACAAAUUUCUCAGAUUUCACAAAAGAAAAUAUCGAAUCUUUGCUUUUAACACUCCAAGACCAUCCAUCAAUUUAUAAAAUAGUUAUAGAAACCUCUUGUAAAACUUUAUGUCCUUAUUUUUUAAACAAUCAUUUUUCAAUUUAUUAUAAUAGUUUAAAAUUAAGGUAUUACAUUUUCAAGAAAUAA